AUGAAUGUUGCUGCUGAGAAAAAUAGUGGUGCUUCAACUGUUAGUGGACCCGAUGCAAAGGAUCCCGCAACUGCAAUCCCUGAUGAUAUGCCACAUUUACAACCAAUUGAAUUGAUAUGGGCUUAUGUCAAACACUAUCUAGUCGAUAAAUUCAAACUUGGUCGCUCGACACAAAAAUUGCGGGAAGAUACAUUACAUGGUUUAUACGAUGACGCUGACAAACAUGCUGGUGUAACUGCAGAACUUUGCAAUAAAAUAAUCAAUCAUUGUCAUUCAAUUAUGAAAAGAUAUAUUGUAGAAGAUAGUUACUUAAGUGGUACAAUACAAAAAUUAACAGUAACUGCUUCGUCUACAUUUCAAAGUGAUAUUCUUAGAGAUACAUCAUUAGAACUUGACGAUUUUAUCGGUGAAAUGGAAGAUGAUUAUCAAGAACAAGGACAAAUGGAGCAAGAACGUGAACAAUAG